CCAAUUAAAAUGGUUGACAAAAUGAAGGGCAUAAAACUUGAUCCAAACUCGCACAAUCUCUUCCUCUCCGAUCGAGCCAUCACUGCGUGAGCAUACCCGACCCGAGAUAAGAUCCGAAUUGAACUGGAUUUCGAAUCAAGAUUCAAAAUUCAUCCUCCGCGAACCAACUCUCGAUUGUAAAAGGCGAAACAUGGGAGCUUUCUUUUCGAAGUUUUGGUUCAUGCUUUUUCCGGCGAAGGAGUACAAGAUCGUGGUGGUCGGACUGGACAACGCCGGCAAAACGACGACUCUUUACAAGCUGCACUUGGGAGAGGUGGUCACCACUCACCCUACCGUGGGCAGUAACGUCGAGGAGCUCGUCUACAAGAACAUCCGAUUCGAGGUUUGGGAUCUUGGCGGGCAGGACAGGCUAAGGACAUCGUGGGCCACAUACUACCGCGGAACUCAUGCUGUUAUUGCAGUUAUAGACAGUACAGACAAAGCCCGGAUUUCCAUCAUGAAGGACGAACUGUUCAAGCUUCUCCCACAUGAAGACCUGCAGAACGCCGUUGUACUUAUAUAUGCUAACAAACAGGACCUUAAAGACGCAAUGACUCCAGCUGAGAUCACCGAUGCCCUCUCCCUUCACAGCAUCAAGAACCAUGACUGGCACAUCCAAGCCUGCUCUGCCCUCACCGGGGAUGGUCUGUACGACGGGUUGGGUUGGGUUGCCCAGCGAGUGACCGGGAAAGCUACAUGAAACCUUUUCUCUCAUGCUCUUUCACCAUGUUUGAAGGUUUGAUGUAAAUCUCCAUUUGUUUGAAUGGUACAAUACUAAGACUGAGAUCAGAUGUAUUCAUACACUUUUACAUCUCCAUCUUUUUAUUUUGACCGCAUUGUGAAUGUGUAAAGCUCUUGUGAUGACAUAUGGAUACUAAUGGAAGCACAUUUUUACAUUUCAUUUGUUUUUCUUGAUGCUGUUGUACUUUUUUUCCUGCAAUAAAGGUCAAUUAAAUGU